AGGUAAAACAAGUGUUAAAUAAUGUAUUAUCAUUCUGACGGAGCUCCAUGAAAUACUAUCCUAGCCUAGCUGCUUACACUGACCGCCCGUCUCGAUUUGAACCCUCUACUCAUUGCGCACGUGAGUAGUCUACAACAGUAACGGUAAAAAAAGAAGAAAAAAUAGGGUUUCUAUUAUGAGCAGUAAACCAGGUCAUGUAGCAUAUUGUCUACUGCAGUAGUGUGCAUUCUCUACUAGAAUAAUUUGCAGACGCCGGGGGUGUGGUCUCUGACAUCAACACGCGCUGCUCUACUCCCUAGGUCUGGCUCGAGGUCUGGACCAGGCAAGCGUCAUUAUAUCGGACCAUAUGGACGUCUGCUUUUAUAUCCUGUAUUUUAAUAACAAGUCGCACAAAUUGGAUAACGAAUAGAAGGCACGGAUAGAAGGCAAGAGCAUCGAAAGAGAGGCAAGUUUGUUCUGCAUUUUCGCAGAGUAGGCUACCACUCGAGUUUCAGCAUGCUGCUCUGAAGUUCCUAUUCGCCAAGUCACGUUUUGUAGGGCUGGCUGGGAGAGAGAGGGCUGUCUGAGAGUAUGCUGGACUGGAUGCCUCGGCCUGUCAGCUCUGCAGUGGAUUAAUAUUAUUCCGGUACAGGAGGGAGCCAGAUUCCCGUGUUGUGUGUUCAUCGUGCUGACACUAUUAGACAGACAAGAGGGGUGGAGCUUUAGAGGUGGACCUAACCAAGGACAACUGUCUGGUUUCUUCUCAGUGUAUGGUGCAGUUUCUCACCUGAUGCUGAAGGGAUCCUUCCAAUGUUGACUCUUUGAUCUUCCCUUCAACCCAAGGGCUUCUAAAUGACUAGACUACAGAGGGGAGUGCUAAAGUAUUAGGCCUCGCUGAGGCAUUGGAUUGAAGUUUGCAAAGUAAAAACAGCAGACGUGAGUGAGUGGCACAGGAGAUCUCAGUUGGAGCCUGCCUGAGGACCUAUCUAUGAGCCUAUGACUGUGGCCAUGACAGCCUCCGACAGCAGCUUCCAGUACCGUGCGCUCUUUGAGUACAAACGGGAACGUGGUGAUGACAUCAGCCUCCAGCCUGGGGACAUCCUGACGGUCCUGAAAGCCUCCCUAAAGGACUACCAGGAAGGGGACGAGCGCAGCCCCAAGGGAUGGCUGCACGGCACCAACGAGCGGACCAAGGAGAAGGGCGACUUUCCUGGGACGUUUGUGGAGUAUGCAGGGGUGGUGAGGCAGGUGCUGCCUGUGGUCAAGCCCUGGCCCAGGCCCGUACCCCCAACCCCUGGGGGAACACAGAGCAGUGUCGGGCCCGGGCCCCAGCCUCCAGGGGCCACUGCAGCAGGAGGUGGGGGGCCAAGGGAGGCCCCAGAGGUGUGUGCUCUGCCUGAACAGGCUCCUGUGGCGCUACACAGGCUGAUAGAAGCUCUGGAGAGACAAGGCUUGGAGAGUGAGCCACUGUACCGGACGCCCCCAGCCUCCACCGGACCCCCAGAACUGAGACAGGCUCUUGACACAGACCCAGUCUCAGUGGAUGUGGACCAGUAUGAAGUGGCAGUGUUGUCUGAUACUCUGAGGGGUUUCCUCCAGGACCUGCCCUCCCCCAUCAUCCCAGCUGUGGUCUACAGUGAACUGGUCUACACUGCCCAAGAAACUCAGAGCAUGGAGGACUGUGGCGAGAAGCUGAAGAGGAUCCUGGAGUCCCCCAGCGUGCCCCAGGCCAACCACCAGCUCCUGGUGCACCUCACCAGACACCUGGUCAAGGUGGCCCAGAGUGAAGCUCAGAACCAGGCCAGCCCCAGGCUUCUAGGCCAGGUCUUCAGUGAGACCAUCUUCAAACACUCCCACUUCAGUGCGGACGUAAACCCAGAGCACCAUGUGAAGAUCAUGGAGGCCCUGAUUGCAGCCGGGGGACUGGUGGAAAUGCAGGCAGCCCCAGCUCUUCCUCCCAAGCCGGCCAAGCCCAUGACUCCAGUGAGCAGCAGCAAUGGUGUGAAGGAGGGGGCUGGGGGGUCGCUACAGGAAGCAGAAUGGUACUGGGGAGACAUAUCAAGGGAAGAGGUGAAUGAUAAGCUGAGAGACAUGCCUGAUGGGACCUUCUUGGUUCGGGAUGCCUCCACUAAAAUGCAGGGCGACUACACACUAACACUGAGGAAAGGGGGGAACAACAAGUUGAUCAAAAUCUACCACCGGGAUGGGAAGUAUGGUUUCUCCGACCCCCUGACAUUUGGUUCUGUGGUGGAGCUGAUUAGUCACUACAGACAUGAGUCUCUGGCCCAGUACAACACCAAGCUAGACGUCAAACUUAUGUACCCCAUCUCACGCUACCAGCAGGAUCAGCUGGUGAAAGAGGACAACAUUGACGCGGUGGGGAAGAAACUCCAGGAGUACCACAAUCAAUACCAGGAGAAGAGCAAGGAGUACGACCGGCUUUAUGAGGAAUACACCAAGACCUCACAGGAGAUUCAGAUGAAGAGGACGGCCAUCGAGGCCUUCAACGAGACCAUCAAGAUCUUCGAGGAGCAGUGUCACACGCAGGAGCGCUACAGCAAAGAGUACAUUGAGCGCUUCCGCCGGGAGGGCAACGACAAGGAGAUCGAGAGGAUCAUGAUGAACUAUGAGAAGCUUAAGUCUCGUCUAGGGGAGAUCCACGACAGUAAGAUUCGUCUGGAGCAGGACCUGAAGACCCAGGCGCUGGACAACCGAGAGACGGACAAGAAGAUGAACAGUCUCAAACCUGACCUCAUCCAGCUCCGCAAGAUCAGGGACCAGUACCUUGUCUGGCUCAAUCACAAAGGAGUUCGACAGAAACGAAUUAACGACUGGCUGGGGAUCAAGAACGAGAACACAGAUGAAGGGUACUUUGUGAGUACGGAGGAGGAUGAAAACCUGCCCCACUAUGAUGAGAAGAGCUGGUUUGUAGGAGACCUGAACAGAACCCAGUCUGAAGACCUUCUACUAGGCAAACCUGACGGAGCCUUCCUCAUCAGGGAGAGCAGCAAGAAGGGCUGCUACGCAUGCUCCGUAGUUGUGGAGGGCGAGGUUAAGCACUGUGUGAUUUACAGCACACAGAGGGGCUACGGCUUCGCUGAGCCUUACAACCUGUACAGCUCUCUGAAAGACCUGGUCCUGCACUACCACCAGACCUCCCUUGUCCAGCACAACGACUCGCUCAAUGUGCGCCUGGCCUACCCUGUCUACGCACAGAUGCCCUCAUCCUCCGGCCCUGCCCCACGGAGAUGAGCACCCCCCCCCCACCCAGCCCCAGGAUGGAUGAGGGGACAGGGGGUGGGGGGGGUAACUAUUACCCAGAACCUGAGAAAAUACCUGAGAUGGGGGGGGGGAAGUGGGAAACACUUGCUGCGACACACACGUCAGCCACCUUGGAGUUAUAUAUAUUUUUACUAGAACAAUUGGAGGGCAUUCUUUCUAAAGACUGCUUGAUUUGCACAAGGACGUUUUAAAUGUUUGUGAAUGUGAAAAAACUGAAGGAAAAGAGAAGAGCCGAGUUUUAGGUGACCAUGCUGCAACCUAAACUCCAGCCAGGGCUCUUUUACAGAUUUAACGACAACAUGAAGACGCUCAAUUUUAAGGCUUUGUUUCCUGUCGUCCGUCUGUCGCCCCAAUUUUUUCUUUUUUUUUUCCCUUUCCUUUUACUUUUCUGGUUUUGUUCUCUUUCUUUUUUUAUUUGGACAAUUUAUUUUGUUCACCGCUUGUUUGCUAAAUGCAAGAGAUGAUGAUUAUAAUGAUGUCGAGUGUAUGUUCUCUGUCCCUUUCCGAAUCAGAAGCAAAAAUAAUGUAGCAUAACAGACAAAAGACGCUUGUUCAGUGUCCCUCCAUAUAGACUGCUGCUGAAGGGUUGGGGGGGAGGGUGAAGGGAAGGGAGAAUCGAAGGGAGGGAAGAGUCGAGAGGGGUCACAAGCCAGAGAGAAAUGUUUUGUAGUCUUAAAAGAGGGAAAAAAAGCUUGAUUUUAUACUAACCGUAGAUGGAGAGUGAGUUUGUUUUCUUGAUGGCUGGAUCAUAUUUCCUAUGACACAUUGUAAGUCAUGGUAAAGUCAUGUCGUUAUAGUCACCUACAGAGACCAAAGUUGGCAUGGGCAGAAACAAGUCCAUUGUGUUUUUAUUAGUCUGUAUGAAUGGAGAAGAUUGAAAAAGAGUGGUUGCUUUGUUUAAUACCACACACGAAACAGAGUUUGGGCCCAGUGCUCGUGCACUAUAAGCUCUGAGGGGAUGGUACGCACAGACGGAGACGGUCGGGAGGUUUGACCGUCUAGACGGCGGUCAUGGGUCGGGGUAGAAGCACUUAUCUAAGAGGAGAGCCCAGCCAAGGCGGCACCGUACGGUUUGACACCAAAUCCCAAAACUAAGGAGAAACAAACGACCUUAGAACCUGAAACAUGUUUGUUUUAAACAAAAUAUUAUUUGUAGUAUAUGCUAAUGUCUGUUUAAAACAAACGGGGAACCUUUGAGAUAAUAGACUUUGAACUGUUUUAGUGUACACAAAGCAGGUAGGGAGGGGGGAGUUUCAAGUUGAAGACGAAUGCUUUUGAUGAUGAUAAAAACUUGAAGAAAGUGCAAUCCAACAAUGUAUUAUGAUUAUUUAGGUUAGCAGUCACCCGGAGAGCUGAACGAACCCAGCUUCCAGACAGACUCGCAGGAGAGAUAAUCAAAGUGCACAUUGAAGCUUUUGAAGAUAUAUUGCUUUUCUUUCCUUUUUUUGUUUUGUUUUUGUUUGUGUUUCACUCAAACUUCUUACCCAGUGCUUGACUUUAAGACCAGUGGAAACAUUUCUGUUGAAAAUAAAAUAUUAUAACAUCGCACAAUAAAUAUUGACAAAAUGACAAACAACCACAAUGUGCAAUUUUCCAGUCUAUUCGGUCACAUCUACUCCCUGAUAUGAAACUCUCUAUUCUGAUUGGCUGUUGUUUGGCUACUGUGUUACCAUUGGCUCUCCUUGCUGCCUAUCUAACCAGCAGCCCCUGAGACAGACAAUGGACCAGUGAUGUCAAAUAUGGUGGAUAAAUGAAGAUAGUUCACUCAGGCCGUUUACCAUUGAAAAUAAAUGGACAAUUUCUGGUCUACUUAACUGGGUGUUUUCAUAGACACCAGUCCUGUCUACUUAGUUCAUUUUCUUUCAUUGAACCAGAAAAAAAAAAACUGUGAGUGGGUUAUUUCACUUCCUCAUCCAUCUCCAAGUGUCCCUGGGGUCCUGUCUCUCCCAGACAGUUGUCCCCUCCCUGCCUGUUAAUCUUAGGCCAUAUUUAAGGCCUUGUUGACAGGAGAGGAUAGCGCUGCAGCAGAGGGGUGAUUUAGUGACCCUGCAGUAGAACAAACACAGUGAUUUUUAAUCGAGCCCCCUCCAAAUUUGCAUCUUACUGGACAAAUGUUUUGGCUCAAUUGGGGGUAAAGACACCAUUCCAGUGAGGUUGACUACCAAAAUUGAUCUAACAGAUUCAGAGUUACACAUAAAAAAAACUGGAUUCAAAUAAGCAACUCUCUCGUCACACUUUGAAAACAAGAGUUGUAUAUUGUCUGGAGUCUUCAGUGAAGUGUAUGGGGUCACACCAGUAAGAACCAGUGCUCAGUGUGUGUGAGAAGGAAAGUUAUCUAGCCAUGCGGUGGUGGUGAAGUGGAAUCAUCAUGGUGAAUGAUACCCCCCCCCCCCCCUGAGUAUCUAUCUCCCCUGUAUCUCCUCCACAACGACACCAUACGCUUCUGCGAAUCAUCUUUAUCUAACAUGCACUCCCACCCCUUAGAGUAGUGCACUAAGAUAAGCCAGAUGAGGCAGUGUGGGGGGGUGGAGGGGUCACUAGGUCACAGUCAGUGCUGAAAGCCCUUGAUAAAGAACACAUGCAAGGGAGGAGGAGGGAGAAGGUGUGACACUCCCUCUCAAGACUAGAGGAGAGAUGGGUUCUCCCGUAUUCAGUCUCUCCCUGGUCUGUAUGUUCUGAUGUGCCUAGUAACAGCUGUUAGGGUUACGGUGAGGUUCAGCUCUUCUGUAUGGAGUGUAGUGGGGUGUGAUAUGGUGUACUGGGGAGGGAAGGGGGUUAGAGGUCAUGUUGAAUGUAAAACUGGAUCAGGCUGUUCUGAUAGAUGGACGUUUGUUUGUGUCUCCUCGUCCCUGUUUUCUUUGGCAAGGACCCUCAUGCAGGAUGCUAGGAUACCCUUUUGCUACAUCAGUUUCAUAACAAAACCCACUUUAAUCUCUGGACUGGUAAAAACCAGGUUUAACAACACCCAGACAGUAAGCUAGACCUUUUGUCAUUAAUUAUAAUGGUGUCUACCUGGUUCUAAUCGUGUCUAUCCACCUCAGUGGCCCUGCUCUGUUAGGUUUGUCCACUGAGGUAGCUCAAGAGCCUGUCUAUCUUCACUUCAGUCUCCUCUACCAUGGUUUGAAGGUUGUUAUUUUGUUGACUUUUAGGUUCUUUCUUUUUUUUUACUAGGAGCCCUAUAGGGCCCUAACUCUAUUACUUGAACUAUUGCAUUGCUCACUGUUGAAUGUCUUUAUAUAGAAAUAUACAUAUAUUAAAUAAAAUAUCUGUUUUGUUGUUCUAUAGUAGUGAGCAGGACUGGGUUGACUUUUAAAUAUAUAUAAUUAUAACAUGUUUAUGUCACAGAAACAGAAAUACAAGUAAGAUUCUUUGCAAGGAGGGAAAGAUACUCAGAAAUAUACUAAGAUUACGUUUGUUGAUGGGGGGGGGGGGGGGGGGGGGGGAAUGGCGCCGCAUUUCCUAUAUAGUGCUUGGGAAUCGCGUGCCAUUUCAGACGCAGACACGGUGUGACUCUGUCUCAUCUUCAGUUGUUAUUCUCCACUGUGAGACAACAUUUCCUUGACUAAUCUAUGAUGCUGAAAGAACACAUACUAUUUUUGUUCGUGAUUUAGUUGUUCCUCUACUCCCCCCCCCCCCCCCCCCCCUGGCAUUGAGACCAAAGAUUUCAGUUGACUUUAUUUUUAGCCUUUAGAUGUUGAUAGUUUGAAAGGGAUGUUUGUUUCCAUGUUACAUGUCAUUUCCAUUGCCUUGUUUCCAGAAGAACUCAGAAGUUAAUAUGGUACCGUAGCUAGAGGUAAUCAGAGUGAGUGAAUAUGGGUAGCCUAGUAGUUAGAGUGUUGGACUAGUAACCGGAAGGUUGCAAGUUCAAACUCCCCAGCUGACAAGGUACAAAUCUGUCGUUCUGCCCCUGAACAGGCAGUUAACCCACUGUUCCUAGGCCAUCAUUGAAAAUAAGAAUUUGUUCUUAACUGACUUGCCUAGUUAAAUAAAGGUCAAAUAAAUGUCCCAUACAGUUAGCUAGAAUCCCCUGUUAGUGAUAAUGAUGUUGCUAAUUAGCAAUGAAAGUCAUUAUUAUGAAGUAUAAUAGUAAUGCAUUAUUGGGGAUAGGUGUUCCUUAGUGAUAUUUGAGGUAUUCGAUCUAUACCAAAGAACAUUUGGAUGUCCUUACCAAGCAGUGUGGUUAAGGAGGAUAUUUUGCCUCAAAUUAUUAUUAUUCAAAUUAGACUGAUAGUUUUCACCGCUCUGAAAGUGAUGAGAGAUAGAAGGCAGAUUUAUUCCUAUGUCAGGGUUUAAUUUGAAUGAUUUAGCAAGUCUCUGCACCCAUGAUGUGAGUGGCUUUAUUGGUCUACAAUAUGUGUGCCGUUGGUGUGAUUCCUCUUUUAGUUUAGUUUGUGAAAGACCUCUUACUUCACCAAAAACACUCCCUGUGUCUUGUCUCCUUGUUUUCUCACAACACAGUCAAAUAUUUGCACACGUUGAUCCAGUCGGACGUACGGUUGCUCUCUCUCCCUCUCAGCUUUGAAAGGAAGUGAAUAAGACAGAUACACUUUCAUUUCCCCUUGUGUCUACUGGUUUGUCUUAAAAAGAGAAGAAGUGAUUGUCGUUCUUCUGCGGGACAGAAAGCAAGUUUCCCUUAAAGUUCUUUCACUCCAGAAUGCAUACGAUAUCCCUUUCCUUUUCUGUCAAGGGUCAGGGGUCAGGGACAGAGGAGUAAUGCGUGAGAGAGAUGUUCUGUCUGAGAUUUAGUGUUUUUAUUAAAGAACAGCACCUUUGUGUUUCUGUAGAACCACUGUCAGUGGGAUAUGACUUGGGACAAGGUGUGCUGCACAUACUACCAAGACAUUUCGAAGAGGUUAGGACGAACCAAAAUAUCUUAUUCCCCAAGUUUACUUUUUGACUGUUUUAAUCGUUUUCUGUGUGAAAACAAAACUAUUACGUUGGAGUACAGGUACAGGACAAUGCAGGCUUAGGUUUCCUAUAGCACCACAAGACUGUUAUAUAGCUAUAAUGUCUGUUGUUCUUCUUCUUCUUGCCCCUCAAGCAGUUCUGCAGAGUUUCAUUUGCAGCAUGCAGCCAGUGGGGGUUUGAAUAUGUUGUGAUUCUCACCAGGAGUCGUGUGUGUUCUUAGCACUGCUAUCUGAUCACAAUACCCAGCACAGCUUCAUAGGAGUACAGCUUCUUAUUAAAAAAAGAAAAAGAUUUAGAAAGAAAAAGAGAAAACAAUUGUUUGUUAGAAAAAAAUGUGUGUAUCACACUGUCCCCUAUCCCUCUUUUGACAUACGUACAGAUCCAGCAUGCAUCUUUGGUACUCGUGACUGUUGUUUUUGUGUUUAAAAAAAAAAAAAAAAGAGAAAAAAGAGAUGUUUUAAAGAAAAACGGUUGUUUGACUGUUCAUGGUGUAUUCCCAAUCUGAUUUGAAUCCAGCUAACUAAACAAGUCACUGCUUCCAGCUGAACCAAGUUACAGUCCUAUUAUUGUCCGUUUAUAGCGUCCUAAGUAUGUAAUACUGAGAAAGAUGAACGUCACAGCAAUAGAAAACGUGUGUUCAUUGCGGUCUGUUUGGCAUGUUGAAACCAACACGUUUCUCCAUAUCACAAUAUCUGUCAAUGUUUGAGACCGACAAUAUAAUAUGCUUUGAAUGUUUGACCUGUAAAGCAUUUACUGGGUUGCUUACAGUACACAACUUGAAACUCACAUAAGCAAACAGUUAUUCUUAUUUCACAGAAUGCUCGCAGAAUUUCUUUAACACCAGCAGUUUUUGUUAUGUAGGCUACUUCUUAGACAAAAUACAAGCAAUAUGACAUUGAUCUCCUUUUAUUUUUCUGUCUGCUUACUUUAUUCUGACAAUUACUGCUAAGUAAGUACCUACUCACAUAGACGUUCUGGUGUAUAAUUGUGUGUUUCUGGAGCGCCAUUGUGGUGUUGUUGCAUGUGGAUUGUGAUGGUGAUGACUUUACCUUGUACAGCCGGCUAUGAGUGGUGCUCUUACUCUCCAGACCAAUCAAACAGAGACUUCUUUCUCAGUAUUACAAUGACGACAUCCAUACCGUGCUUUUAGCUUCUAUAGGUAUUCCCUUCAUCAGUUUCAAGUUGUUUUAAUAACGCCACGGUACACUACUUCACUUUUCUCGUAUCUGUUGCAAUGGUUUGUGUAUGUUGUAAAAAUCUCCAUUUGUUAUGAACUCAACUCUUGUACGUUAUCAAUGGAACUUCACUAUAUUCAUUUCUCUCGCAGAAUAAAGAAAAUAUUUUAUUCAAA